UCGUUUUAAUAAACUUACUUAAUAGUGCGACAAACUUUUACGCAAAAAUGAAUAAACGUGAAGAGCUGAAAGAUAAGAGUAAUCUGCGUCCAACGAAUACCAGCAACCUGCCUGUAGUUUUAAAAAAGGCCAAAAGCGUGUUGGAUCUGAAUACAAAAAGUUCGAUAGAAAAUAAACCUCUGGUGAGGCCAAACCUCAGGAGAUCGAAAACAUCGGCAUCGAUUACCACCAGAGCUGUAAAGAGACCGGCUAGAAACGCCACUGUUCAUACGGAAGUUAAGAAGCCGUUUAUCAAGCCUGCUGUUAAAUCGACGACUGUACAACGUAAUGCUGCUACGUCGACGAGCAAUAAUGUCUGUAGAACUGCUGAAAUUUCGACGGUUAAAAAGACCCAAAAUACUGGCGCGGUUAAGCUUUGCAAGUGGGACUUGAAGGGACGUCUAGCCCACGCGACCAACGAGUUGUCCAAUCUGCGACAAGAGUAUAAAGAGUCCGAAUUGAAAUUGAACAGUCUUCAGAUUCAGGUAACCACUUCAGAGGCAAAUGUAAAUUUGUACAAAUCGGCCGCAUUCGAGAACGAGAAUUUAAACAAAGCGUUAAACGAUGAACUCAAAGUACUGAAAGCGGAGAUGAUAAUCGUGCGAGAGCAACGAGAGGAUUUGAGCAAACGUCUUAAAGAGUCGGAGGAAUCGUUUAAAAUUGUUUCCGAAUCGUUGAAGGAAUUUAAAGAGAAAUGUGUUUCACAAGAGUCGCUGUUACUGAGACACACGUCCGAAGUAACAAAAUUACAAACGGAUCUGGAGAUCGAAAGAAAGAGUAACGAAGAAUUGAGUGCGAUGAGAAACGAAUUACAAUCUCUGGUUCAUACGAUGGAUAUGGAUCGUAGGGUUCUGCAUAAUGCGUUGCAAGAGCUAAAGGGAAACAUUCGUGUAUUCUGCAGAAUACGUCCUAGAACUCAAUCUGAACUGAAAAAAGGAAAAGGGAUGUGCUUUAUGAACUUUGUAGACGAGUGCACUAUCGAAGUGGGUAAGUUGGACGAGUCCGAUAUGAUUAAUUGUAGCGGAAAGAAGAGAGGAACGCGACAAGAGUUCUCCUUCGAUAAAGUUUUUCCACCAAAUACCAGUCAACAAGACGUCUUCGAGGAGUUGGCUCUUUUGGUUCAGUCCGCCUUGGAAGGAUAUAACGUUUGUGUGUUCGCGUACGGUCAAACUGGCUCUGGUAAAACGUACACGAUGGAAGGUUUACCUGGCAUCGAUACGGAAGGCAUGAUACCUAGAACAGUACGGCACAUAUAUAAAGAAAUGACCCAGUACGAAUUACUCGGUUGGGAGUAUCGAAUAGAAGCCAGUUUCCUCGAGAUUUAUAACGAGCAUAUUGUGGAUCUACUCGAUUCUCAAACGAAAACGCAUGAAAUUCGAAUGACAGACAGUAAAGGACACGAUUUGUACGUCAGCAACCUAAAAGUACAGGAGAUACACAGUCCCGAAGAGUUGCAAAAUUAUCUUUUAAUUGCGCAACAUAACAGAGCGGUUGCUGCUACUCUGUCGAACGAAAGAUCGUCAAGAUCACAUUCAGUGGCGAGAAUAAAACUUAUUGGAACGCACAAGACAAAGAAGGAAGUUUCGAUAGGAAACCUAAAUUUAGUGGACCUGGCGGGUUCCGAAAGAUUGAAGGGCGAGGAAUCUACACGAGUGGCCGAGACAAAAAAUAUUAACAAAUCACUGGCGAAUUUAAGCAAUGUUAUUCUAGCGCUUCUGAGAAAGCAGGAACAUAUACCUUACAGAAACUCAAAGCUCACCCAUUUGCUAAUGCCGUCUUUAGGCGGUAAUUCGAAAACUUUAAUGUUACUAAAUAUUUCACCUUUAGACGAGUGUUACAAUGAAACACUGAAUUCGUUAAGAUUUGGCAGCAACGUGAACAGUUGUAAAACAGGCAAUGUAAAACGGUUACGAACAGUUUUACAACAAAGUGCGUAA